AGUACAAGAGGCGUCAGUAGUGCUUGGUGGUUGAGGUUGUUAACGGUUGGAGGAGUGGCCCCUUGCCCACAGCUGGCCAAGAAUCUGUAGUGGAAGUCAUCCCAAGAUAUGAGGGUGACCAGCAUUGUUUCCCUCCCGCUUAUUACAUUACUGAAUUGUGCUUUCAGAAGUUACUUGGAUCACUUUCAUUUUAAGCAUGGGUCAUGCUUGCCAUGUUGCCUGUCUCAGUAAUAGGUGGCCACUCCUUAGUGCAACAUAAUAGCCAAGAUCAUUUAAUUACAAGAUGUUUACUUUUACAUUUUUGUCUGGCUAUAUUGGCCUGUUGUAUUGAGAGAAGCCUGUGAUCUUGUUUGUGCAGUCAUGAAAUGCUCACCAAAGAGCGGUUUAGGCCGCAUGAAUUGCGGUGUUCGAGGCCAUGCUGGUGUGACAACGAAGCCACUGCUCAGCUGAACGUUGGUGGAGUGGUGCUGCGGUAUGUUGUUGAGAUUGAGAUAUUCUCAUGGAAUAGCUCUGACCCAAGGAACACCAUGCUCAACAUCAGCAAGAUGGGCAUCCAUCCCAUGUUUGACAAUGAAGAGGAUAUCUGCUUUGUGCGGCGUCUAGGCAGCAACAUUCGGUGCACUCUUCAAGAUGUCAUUGACAUGACUCGUCAGCAAGUUAAGGGUUACUACUCUCCAAAGUCAGACAUUAAAAAGCCCUUGGAGGGAGCUUCCAUGGUCACCUAGGAUUCUCACUUUUCAUUGUAACGCCUCCUAGCAGCUUUUUCCAGGCUUGAAGUGUCAUGCCUGAUAAGACACGCUUUUGGAGAAGACAUCCAGUGGUGCUUAAGCUUGAUUACACUUGAGCACAUUGCAUUCUGAGGCAUUAAGUGUCAUGCCUUGAGUUUGUUUUAUUCCAUUGUAUAUGUUCCUUGACACCUUUCCUAAUGAACUGAAACUCAUUAAAGUCAUUUACCCAUACGAACAUUUACAGCAUUGUAGUCUCAGAUUACGUGAUAUAGGGCUAUUCAAGAGAAAG